UUGUGCGCACUGAGAGGGUUUAACUGUGUCCUUCUGAUCGCUUUGCUUUCAUUCUGCGGUAUACGAGUGGAAGCAUCAUCAUGACCCAUAAGGACCAUUAAAGGAGACUGUAAAAGAAAGACAAUGAGUUCAGCAUCAAGGCAAAAGAAGAAAAAGAAAAAUAAAUUUGGUGCUACGUCUCCACCAUUCAUUGAUUACUUGAAAGAAAUUUUGAGAAGGUACCCAGAUGGGGGACAAAUAUUGAAGGAGCUGAUACAGAAUGCAGAUGAUGCAGGAGCUUCAACUGUGGUGUUUAUUCAUGAUGAGAGACAUUAUGAGACUCACAGCCUGUGGACUGAAGAGCUCAGAAAAUAUCAAGGACCUGCUCUCUAUGCCUUCAAUGAUGCAGCCUUUACAGAGGAAGACUGGGAGGGUAUUCAGAGAGUUGGCAGAAGCAUCAAGCAGGAUGACCCAACAAAAGUUGGGAGAUUUGGGAUAGGUUUCAACUCAGUUUAUCAUAUUACAGACUUGCCAUGUGUCGUCAGUUCUGAACACCUAGCCAUUUUUGACCCACAAAAGAAGAUGUUUGGAGAGGAUGAAGAAGGCUAUCGAUGGUCUUUGAAUGAUGAAGAGGACAGAGAGAGCCUUUUGAAAUUCAGAGAUCAGUUUCAGCCCUUUCAAAAUAUUGUCAAUCAAGUCAACAGUUGUUCCUGGGAGAAGGUCAUCAGUGAGAAGCAAUACUUUAAAGGAACGCUCUUCCGUUUCCCUCUGCGUAAUGAGGCUUCAGAGAUCUCAGAUAACUUAUAUGACUCCAAAAAAGUUAAUCAGCUAUUUGACAGUUUCAUUGCUGAUGCGGACAUCAGUCUUCUUUUCCUGAGAAAUGUGUCAUCCAUUACUUUGCUACAUAUUGACACCAAUGGCCUCUGCAACAACAGGCUCAAAGUUUCAGUGUCAAAUAACUUUAUCACUGACCUUUCUUAUAUCAAGAAAGAAUUGUUUGACAGAAAAACAUGUUUUAAAACAGUAUCACAGAUUUGCCAGCAAAUGGUAGAAACAAGGUCCCAGUGGCUUGUGACAACUUGCCUUCUGAAACAGGGACAUAUACCAGAGAUUGACUCUCUAGCUAAUAAGCUGAGCUUCUACCCUCAAGUUGAUGCAGCGUUUCGAUUAGAUGAAGACAGAUCACUUUGCAAUGGGCGACUAAGUUGCUUUCUGCCACUUCCAAAUAAUGAACCAAACAAAACUGGGCUUCCCAUUCACAUCAAUGCUUGCUUUGGCCUGACAGACAAUCGGAGGUUCAUCAAGUGGCAAGAGGAGGAUCAGAAGAAUGAUGAGUCUGCGAUGUGGAAUGAGCUGCUCACAAAAGAUAUUCUUCCCCAUGUAUAUCUCACGAUGAUCCGAGAUGCCAUUCAAUUAUCUGAAAAAUCAGCCCUGCCUUCCCCUACUGUGUACAAUCUUUGGCCCGACCUAUCGAAGACUGUACAUAAAGAGAGGUGGCAUAAAGUUGCAACAAAUACUCUGAAAGGUCUAUUUGAAUACAAGAUCUUUCACCUUGCUGAUAAUGAGCAAAUCUGGGUGUCUCCCUCAGACGCAGUUUUUCCAGUAAACAAUAUACGUCGUGACACAAUGUCUGCAGUGUCAAGAUUAUUGAUUGCUAAAAGAGAGAACCUGGUCACAGUCCCAGAACAUGUUUUGAAAGAUGUUCAAGAAAUCUUCCCUGAAAGUGAUACCUUGACAUGGGUGACUCCAUCUUAUGUUAGAGAUGUCCUUCGCAGAAGUGAGGCUGAAAAUCUCAGUAAAGAUGACAAAUACUCUCUUCUUGAAUUUGCUCUCAUUGAUGAAAAGUACACAGAGCUACAAGGACUUAAGCUUCUUCCUCUCAGUGAUGGAACCUUCACUUCAUUUGGGAAUGGAGUGCAGAAGACUGUUUUGAUUGACAAUGAGAAGUUUCCAAGAACAUUGCUGCCAUUUUGUAAAGAGAGGUUUUUACCCAACGAUCUGAGCCAUUUUUGCACUGUGCAAUUAAGGAAACUAGCAACAAGGAGCAUAUACAAC